AUGGAACCCAAGCCUCAGAACAUAGCCUCAACACGUUGGGAACCAAGAAACCCAAUGAAACAGGAUGAGAAGGUGGUUUCUCGAGCAAUUGAGCUGAAUGAGCAGCUAGAGAAAGCUCUCACUAGGCAUGAUGCACUCAUUUCUGGUAGGUUGACCUCCGCAUCAAAUCAUUUUAACCAUGAACAAGCAGAGGAAGAAGAGGAGGCUCAACAGCUAUUCCGAAGGAUGAGGAAAGGAAAAGCUUGUGCACUGCCUGAAGAUGAAAACCACCAAACAGAGCAGCCCUUGGGAUUGCUUGCAUCUUCCAUUUCAGGGGAAAGGCUGCACCGUCCACUUAUAAGGCCACUGAAUGUGGGACCAAAACAAGAACCCGAUACCGUUCAACCAACUGUUGCAAUUCCACCCCCACCUGCAAAACAUGUUGAGAGGGAGAAAUUCUUUCAACACAACAAGUUGGAUGGUUCUGCUCUAGAUGGCAACAUGAGCGGCCUCUCUUUACACAGUCGCAAUGCGAGUAGCUCUCAUAGCGGAAGUGUAGAUUCUAGUGACUGA